GCCACGUGUCCCAACACAGGCUCUCAUGCCAUCGCUACAAAUGCCAUUACUUCCCUCCCCACCUGACCAUAACGGAAGCUGAUCAUAGAACCCGGCGACCUCCUACUCGAGCCUUCACUUGCUGUCAAUUUGUCCGAGUAUCACAGGAAUGGCAACUGUAACUGCUUCUCACUUCGCGUCAAGAAGCUCGCACGUUAACAGCCAUGGAGGCUCAGGCUCAGAAACUAAAAUAAACUUGGCUCAGGUCGGUUUGCGGGGUCAAGUGCUGACCCACAAUGGUUUAAGGUCUUUGAACCUAACAGAUGGGAUUCAAUGGAGAUCCCUCGCCGUGGCUAAGAUAGCAGCAAACAGAGCGCUGGCAGCGUCUACUGACAAGGCUUCAUCUAAAAUCGUUUGCAUGCAAGGGAUGCCAGUGGUUUUCGUGGGAGCUGAGGUUGGUCCCUGGAGCAAAACUGGUGGCCUUGGUGAUGUCCUCGGUGGAUUACCCCCUGCAAUGGCGGCUAGAGGGCACCGUGUAAUGACGGUGUCUCCUCGUUAUGACCAGUACAAAGAUGCAUGGGACACUACUGUAGUAAUUGAGAUCCAAGUUGGGGACAGAGUUGAGAAAGUUCGGUUCUUCCACUGCUACAAACGAGGAGUUGAUCGUGUCUUUGUAGACCACCCGAUGUUCCUUGAGAAGGUAUGGGGCAAAACUGGGUCCAAAGUCUAUGGCCCUAAUGCAGGAGUGGAUUAUCAGGACAACCAGCUUCGAUUCAGUUUGUUAUGUCAGGCCGCUCUAGAAGCUCCAAGGGUUCUGAAUUUAAGCAGCAGCGAAUAUUUCUCUGGACCUUAUGGGGAGGAUGUUGUCUUUGUUGCCAAUGACUGGCACACUGCUCUUCUUCCGUGCUACUUGAAAUCCAUGUACCAGCCCAAGGGUAUUUACAAAAAUGCGAAGGUUGCCUUUUGCAUCCACAACAUAGCCUAUCAAGGAAGAUUUGCCUUUUCAGACUUCUCGCUUCUCAAUUUGCCCGACAGUUUCAAGAGUUCUUUCGAUUUCAUUGAUGGGUAUGAGAAGCCUGUGAAGGGAAGAAAAAUCAAUUGGAUGAAGGCGGGAAUACUAGAAUCAAACAGGGUAUUAACAGUGAGUCCAUACUACGCCCAGGAACUCGUAUCGGGAAUUGACAGAGGAGUUGAAUUGGAUAACAUCAUCCGCAAAACUGGCAUCAUGGGCAUCGUGAAUGGUAUGGAUGUUCAGGAGUGGAAUCCGGCAACAGACAAGUACAUCGAUGUCAAAUAUGAAGCUACAACUGUCAUGGAUGCAAAGCCUUUGCUCAAGGAAGCCCUGCAAGCAGAAGUGGGUCUGCCGGUAGACAGGAAUAUCCCAUUAAUUGGCUUCAUUGGUAGAUUGGAGGAGCAGAAAGGUUCAGAUAUUCUUGCAGCAGCUGUUCCUAAAUUCAUCGGAGAGGAUGUCCAGAUAGUAAUUCUUGGAACGGGCAAAAAGCGAAUGGAGAAGCAGAUUGAGGAGCUGGAGAUCAAAUACCCUGGCAAGGCAGUAGGAGUUGCAAAAUUCAAUGUCCCGUUGGCACAUAUGAUUACUGCUGGAGCUGACUUUAUGUUGGUCCCGAGUAGAUUCGAGCCAUGUGGUCUUAUCCAAUUGCACGCUAUGCGCUAUGGAACAGUGCCAAUUGUUACCUCAACUGGUGGACUUGUUGACACAGUAAAGGAAGGUUUUACAGGAUUCCAGAUGGGCCAAUUCAGUGUUGAAUGUGAAAGUGUUGACCCAGCUGAUGUGAUCAAAGUGGCAACAACAGUUAAAAGAGCCCUGGCAACCUACGGCACGGCUGCCUUGAAAGAAAUGAUCAUGAAUUGCAUGGCUCAAGACCUUUCAUGGAAGGGACCAGCAAGAAUGUGGGAGAAGAUGCUUUUGAGCUUGGAUGUUGCUGGGAGUGAACCGGGCAUUGAAGGGGAGGAGGUGGCUCCUCUGGCCAAGGAAAAUGUGGCCACUCCUUAAACCCAUCUCUUCACUCAACCCAAUGUGGAUCGGCUAAGUGACUUGACUCAACCUAAAGGUUGUCUCAAUACUAACUCCUAAAAUGUUUCGGAGGGCAGUAGAGAAAAUAAAUUGGUCUCAGCCUACUUUUCUUUUUGCUUUCCCUUUGGAGGGUUUUAUACAUAAUGUAAGUAAAUAAUCUGUAGAGACACAAUUUCUCAACGUGAGUAGGCCAAGGCAUGAAUUCAUAUUAAACACCCUCCUCCUUUUUUUGGGGGUUUUUUUUUU